AAAUCGUGCCGCUUUCCUGCGCGUCCAUCUUGAUUCUUCACCUCCUAUCGAUGGCAGCUGGCCCGACUGCUGUAUGUUCCACCUGCCUUCCCUCCCCCUCUUCCCUUCUACAGCUCCUCAUUUGUGCUCCUUCGCCCUGCUCCACCCCUCUAGUUCACUAGUCACCACCGGGGUCUCAAUCUCCUAGGCUAGGCCUGCAGCCAUGUCUAUCCAUCCUUAUCGUCCCAUCAUGCUCCUCCUCGUCCCCCAAUGUUCGGUGGCCUUGUUUUUUUUUUCUUACGGGUUUUCUUCCUUUUAGUGACCUACCCCCCCGCGACCUCGGCCUCCUCGAUGUGGCACUUCGUCCUCGACUUCCAAUUUGCUCCUGCUCCUCUCGCCCUCUAGCGUUCUCGACCCUUCCCUGUCCUGUCUUCUCCGCCCUCCUGCUUCCCCCCCGUCAUGGCCGAGAGUCUGGGGAAGAAAGAGCGGAGAAAGAGCCUGAGCGUCUUCAGCCCAUCAAUGACUACCUCUUCCCUUCCCGCCCCCGCCGCUCAUGAACGGUCGCCCUCCGAUGAUGCCCAGGUUCUGAAGAAGAAAUCGCGCCGUAACUCGGGUUUCUUUGGGGUCCGGCACCCCAGUCCCCCGAGAGCCACGCCCACCCGUGGCUUACGUCGUCCCGGCACCGCCGAUUCGGAGUCGGCCACCUACGUGACCGCGCUGCCUACCGUGGCGCUCGAGGGCCCUCGCAGCCGCCGGAAAUCCCUACAGAAACGACGAACCUCCGUGUUUGGUUCCCUUCGGUCGCUACAUUCCCAAGAAGAUGACGACCGGUCGCUGGGCCGCUCCAAAGGCUCGUCCCUGGACGAAGACCCUCCCGAGCUGCGACAAGGCAUUGGCUCCAUCAUCCUGCACCAUGGAGAGAUCUCCAUCACCGGAGGCAUGUGGCGCAAGAAGAGCCAUUACCUGGUCCUGACCGACACGCAUCUCGUCCGGUUCAAGAACCAGAGCAAAGCCGCCGAUAUGUUUCCCUCGAUCCCGGCUUCCUUCACCUCCCGCUCAGUGGCGGCCAACCGCCAGUCCGUCGCCUCCAUCAGUUCCCUGCAGGACCCUCAGCUGGCCGCGGCGAGCGAGUCCAUUUCCGGCAUUGCCUUGAACAGCAUCAUUGCGGUCUACAUGUUGGACGAUGGCCGACCGUCGUCAACGGUGGAGGUGGCCUAUGUGGAUGAACGGGCUCAAAAAGCCACCUUCAUCCAGAUGCAGACGCCCGACUUCCAGGAACUGAAUCUGUGGAUGGUGGGCAUACGCUCCGCGGCGGAAUUGAUCCGCGGAGCCGAACCGCUGGUCUUCGAUCAGAAGACGGCGGAUUGCGUGGUCCGCAUGCUCGAGUAUGAGCGGGACUAUGAUCCAGAGACCUUUCGAAUGUUCCGGGUCAUCCAGAUGGCGUCCAGCAAGUCUCCUGCACGGGCAUCAUCUGAAGAUCUCACCAAGCUGUCACCGACGGGCUGUUAUCUCGCCCUUGGGUCGCACAAGCUCCACUUGAUCCCGUUGCACAAGAUCUCCAGCCGCAGCUCCGUGGUAUCCUUGAGUGACCUGGAUGCGGCAACCUCUUUCGGACUGAUGAACCUGACCUGUCUCUCCAUGGAAUGGGGCGACGAUAGCCUGCAUCUCACGUUCCGUGUGCCAACGCGGAAACCGUUCUCGGUCUUCCUCGCAUCCGUGCAUUCCGUGGAGAUUGCCUUUUGGAUUCGACAACAGACCGAGUUCCUACGUCCCUUGUGGAUCAAACAACCGUAUGACUUCAUCGUCCCUCGGGACCUGGACAACGAGAGCAACUUCCCUCCGGUGAGCUUGGACGAGGAUUACGGUUGCUUCGACCGGACAUUGGUCGCCUACUCGGCUAGCUACGACAUCGACACUUCCAACAUCCGAUAUACCAUUGAUGUGCAAUGCGAUGACGCCCCGUGUUUCAGGCUCCUGCCGCCCGCCUCCGCUCGGCAAAAGAAGUACACCGCUCUAGAGCUGAUCGCCGUCCUGCGAGCACUGCGAUACAACGAGUCCUUCCGGUCUAUAUCGUUUAGUGGUGUCAGCCUGGAUGUUCUGCAAGGCCUACGCGAUAUCUAUGGCCCGGAUAAAGACGCCCUGCUGAGUCGUGCCGGGGCGCCGAUCCAUAUCCCCGGUCAGGAGAACCUAUCGGUGUUGUCCCAGGAAGUGCGUGCGUUGACUCUGAAGAGCAAGUGGCUCCGACGUCUGGACUUCUCCUAUACCCUGAGCCGCAUUCCGAAGUCGGAUAGUGAAAGUCACGAUCCAGGAUGUGGAAUCCCUGAAGCCAUUUUCCCCAUUUGCCGACGAGAGCUGACGAGUGUUGACUGGGUGGUGUUGAACGGUAUCAAGCUGGGCGAUUCGGAUCUCGACUACCUUGUGGAUGCCUCGUCUCAACGGUCCAGUCACAUGCGAGCAUUGGAGGUGGGCAACUGUGGCUUGUCAGUUCACGAUCUUGACCUUCUCCUGUCCACGGUCAUCGCCCAGUCCUCGACUCUGGAGGCGAUGAACAUCUCGGGUGUUCAAGGUCGCCUCAGCCCCGACAUACUCCAGCAGUACCUCGGCUAUUUCAGUCAGAUCAAGACGCUCGACUUGUCUCGUAUCUCUCGCACAUCGGGCACAGAGCCUCUCCUCACUUCCGAGACGUUGUUCAACUGGCGCCUGGAGGAACUCUCGCUGAGCCGGACCCUCGUGAACCGCGAGACCGUCGAUGCCAUAGCCACAUACCUGGCCAGUGAUCGAUCUCGGGGUCUGCGCGUGCUUCGCCUGGACCAGUGUGGACUCAGCGGUCAAGACGUCGCCAUCUUCCUGCAUUCCAUGACAGCCAAUGGGUUUCCUCGCGAUUUGCAUCUUCACGUCAAUGAGAACCGACUUGACCAAGGCUGCUCAUACCUCUUCAAAGCCAUUGCACAAAACAAGACGCCAACUCAUAUGUCAAUGAGGAUGAUUGACUUCAAGAAGGAGGAACAAUUCCAGCAGCUGGUGGAGGCCUUGCGAAAGAACCGGACCCUAAAAUGUCUAGACAUCUCCAAGGCUUCUCUUCCGUAUGAUGCUGGCCCUGAGACGUGCAAGGCGCUCCAGCUAAUGUUCGAGGAGAACGAGACGCUUGAAGAUUUGGAUAUCAGUGGCGAAAGCGCUCAUUUGGAUGUCGCUCGGUUUGGAAUUGGUCUGAAUCUGGCCCUGACAGGUCUGAAAAAGAACAAGUCCUUGCGAGUCCUGAGGAUCGAGCAUCAGAAACUGGGUCUGCAGGGUGCAAACACCCUGGCCUCGGUGCUGGAAGACAAUGAAUGUCUACGUGAAGUAUACUGUGAGAACAAUGACAUCAACCUACAGUCGUUCACGGUCCUGGUGAAUGGACUGCAGCGGAACAGAUCCCUAUUGAGUCUGUCAUUUAUGGAUCGUGACCGCGUCCAGUCGCUCGAGCGGGUCCGGCGUGAGAUCCGGAACGUGAAGCGGGAUGCAAGCCUGGCGCAGAGCUCGGCAACCAGCUCUAUUCGCCGUUCGUUACAUGCCGCCAUGAAUGGAAAGACGAGCAGCAAGUCAUCAAAACAGCAGCAUACGUCUGGUCACCGCUCCGGUGCCUCAGUAGCCUCGAGCCUGAGUGCUACUGCCGAGACCUCACCCCUCUUGCAGCAAGACGUGGAGGUUAUUCUUCAGUCGUUGAGCCGGAAAUGGGAUGGUGAGGUUGCUCGUCUUCGUCGUUAUCUGUAUCGAAACUACAACUUGGCUCACGGUAUCGAAGAUGAUAUGGCCGGGUUGGAUGAUGACACUUCGAGCGACGGACGCCCCACGACAGCCGGCAGCCUUGGGUUGAUGCUGGACCAUUUGAAACUAGACGUGUCAGUGUCAGAAGCUGAAAUUCAGCCACCACCGGAGCUUCCCGUGCAGUUGCCGCCGGAGAUCGAGCCCACGAGCCCGAAAGACCAUUUGGAUAUGUUCAAGGGACUUGAUGCGGAGAGUAGUCUGGUUGCUGAGCUCCGGCAACGCCCGCAGACGGCUCCUUUCUCAGUCCCAGGCUAUGCUCCUCACAUGCUACCACCAGAGUAUGCUGGCUCCAGCACAUCGUCUUCCCGUCUGGCAGUGCCUGUGCCUCCUAUACCAUCUACGGUCAGCAAGUCCAGCAGCGUCCGCAGUGCCCGCAGUUCCAGUACGGUCUCCACCAGUACUCGGGCUAGUGCGCGGAGUACGUACGGAACAGCCUCAUCGACGCUGCGCGGCUUUCUCAGUGGCAGCGCCUCGAAAGAACGCAAGAAGCUGGAGAAGAUGAGAUCUGGCGCUGUGUGUGUUUCAACAGACCGACCUCCGAAGCUGGAGUGGGCGCCUCCUCCCCUUGACCUGGGGAAGUUCGAGUGAUGCCCCGCUAAGGAGCCGUUCGUU